AUGAAAGUGUCUUCGGUUUCAUCAGACCAGUGGAAAACCAUGGUGCCAUCAAAAGUAUCCUCGCUUGCCAAAUCUUUGACUCUCGUGGUAACAUCACCGACGAAGGCCACUAAAUUGGGAUUGUUCCGUGCUGCUGUACCAUUUGGAGCCAGUACUGGUAUCUACGAAGCUCUUGAAUUUCGUUACAAUGUCAAGAAAGAAUACCACGCCAAAGGUCUCAAAACUGCCAUCAAAACAUCAAUUCCAUAA